CACCAUCUGAUUAACAACCCUGCACCCACACAGUGAUUUCUACAGGAAAACAUAAAUACAUACGAAGAGGGUUUAUUAUUUUGACUACUGGAAGCCUUGCUGUGUCUCAGUUCAACUUUUGUUUUUAUUGCUGCUGGGGAAGUGCCGAUCUCAAUGCUUUGCUCUCACUCAAUGAUCCUUUAAAAAAAGAAAGGAAAGAAAAAUAUCGCUCCCCCCUUGGAGGCGGCUGAUCUCAAAAGGCAGGAAGAGAGCAUCUGAGCAGCAGUUGCCACCGCGUAUUUUGAAAGACAUUUGUUACGUUUCAGAGCGCUGCAGCCUGUUUCCCCUCUGAAGUUGGCUCCAGCCUUAGCAGCCGCAUUGGAUCCCACAGCUUAUUGCGAGACUCCGGUAUACAAUCCGGAUCUCUGCCCCAAUAUGAUCGCGGCCCAGGCCAAGCUGGUGUAUCAUCUGAAUAAAUACUACAACGAGAAAUGCCAAGCCAGGAAAGCCGCCAUCGCCAAAACUAUCCGAGAAGUCUGCAAAGUGGUUUCGGACGUACUAAAGGAAGUGGAGGUGCAGGAGCCUCGUUUCAUCAGCUCUUUGAACGAGAUGGACAACCGCUAUGAGGGCUUGGAGGUCAUUUCUCCCACAGAGUUUGAAGUGGUCCUUUAUCUGAACCAAAUGGGAGUUUUCAACUUUGUGGACGACGGCUCUUUGCCGGGCUGCGCCGUGUUAAAGUUAAGCGAUGGGCGCAAGAGGAGCAUGUCCCUUUGGGUGGAGUUCAUCACGGCAUCCGGUUACCUUUCUGCUCGCAAAAUCCGGUCCAGAUUUCAGACUCUGGUGGCCCAAGCCGUGGAUAAAUGCAGUUACAGAGAUGUGGUAAAGAUGGUGGCUGACACGAGUGAAGUGAAACUGAGAAUCAGAGAUAGAUAUGUCGUGCAGAUCACUCCGGCUUUUAAAUGCACAGGGAUCUGGCCAAGGAGUGCUGCCCACUGGCCACUUCCCCACAUCCCCUGGCCGGGACCCAACAGGGUAGCAGAGGUCAAAGCUGAAGGAUUCAACCUUUUAUCCAAGGAGUGUCACUCUCUAGCAGGCAAGCAGAGUUCAGCCGAGAGCGAUGCCUGGGUGUUGCAGUUCGCAGAAGCGGAGAACAGACUGCAGAUGGGCGGCUGCAGAAAGAAAUGCCUCUCUAUCCUCAAAACCUUACGGGAUCGUCAUCUGGAACUGCCGGGACAACCCCUGAAUAAUUAUCACAUGAAGACUCUGGUUUCAUACGAGUGUGAAAAGCAUCCCCGUGAAUCGGACUGGGACGAGUCUUGCCUGGGCGACCGGCUCAACGGGAUUUUACUGCAACUCAUCUCCUGCCUUCAGUGCAGGAGGUGCCCACAUUACUUCUUGCCCAACUUAGACCUGUUUCAGGGAAAACCUCAUUCAGCCCUGGAAAAUGCAGCCAAACAAACUUGGCGACUGGCUAGGGAAAUACUCACCAACCCGAAAAGUUUGGAAAAACUUUAGAGGACAAUUAAAAUAUGGGCCUAACCGAUUAGUCUUCUGAUUUUCAGAUAAAGUUUAAACUUCCUGUUCGAAAAGUCAAA